AUGGCUCGUACCAAGCAAACUGCCCGUAAGUCCACUGGUGGCAAGGCUCCCCGCAAGCAGCUCGCAUCCAAGGCCGCACGCAAGUCCGCACCAUCGACAGGAGGUGUCAAGAAGCCCCACAGAUACAAGCCAGGAACUGUCGCUCUCCGUGAGAUCCGUCGUUACCAGAAGUCGACUGAGCUCCUGAUCCGCAAGCUCCCCUUCCAGCGUCUCGUCCGUGAGAUCGCCCAGGAUUUCAAGUCCGAUCUCCGCUUCCAGUCUUCCGCCAUCGGUGCUCUCCAAGAGUCCGUCGAGGCUUACCUCGUCUCACUCUUUGAGGAUACCAACCUGUGCGCCAUCCACGCCAAGCGUGUUACCAUCCAGUCCAAGGAUAUCCAACUCGCCCGCCGCCUCCGCGGUGAGCGUUCUUAA